UGCUCUGUAUUAGUUUGCCCAAUUAGUUAGCCCAAUAACAAAAUUAAAACAGAGUGAAGGAGGGCUGAAGGCGUGAAUUGAAGCUGCGAAGGGGAGAGGCGAACUGCGAAUCGACGAAGUGCGAAGGCCGAAGGGGCAAAAGGAGUAGCAGCGGUGCAUCCUACGGCGGUGCGUGAACUCCGCUCCAGCCUCCAGUUCUUCACGUCUUGAGUUCUUGUCUUCUUCAGUUGUAUUUUUUCACUUCUGCAAAUCUCCAAUCGGCGACUCCUCUAGACCACUACUCCAGUCUCCAGGGGCUAGGGAUGGUGUUAUUGACUCUCAAUUACUUUGCCAAUACUCCAUGCCUCGACUUGCUGGAUUGCCGGAAGAAUUUAGCUUCUUCAGUUCUCCCUCGUUUUCGAAAGUUCUAACAGUAGCUAAAGUGGAUAUGAGCAAAUAUGACUGAACUCCGCACAUGUACUUCGCAGGUAUUGUCAUCCUCUUUCGUAUUCCAAUUUCCAAUUAUUCUUUCCAUUUUGCCGCACUCCACUCUCGGAAACCAUCGGAGUUCAAACGCCCAGAGAUGUCUCCUUCGUUAAUUUCACUUUCUUCAUAUAUACCAUUCAUGAUUACAGCUUAUUGAGCGAUGUUAAAUCCUCCUUCUUUCUGGAUAGUACAAGCUAAAGGAUUGAUGAUAAGUUUCUUAACAUUUUAUUCGGGCAUUCCUUGGAGGAAGAGGAGUAUAAUUAGGUUACUAAUUUCAGAAAAUUAAUUGACACUAUAAAAUCUAUAUCAUAGACCAAAAUUAUUUGUGAUUAAUGUGGAAGAUUGACCUUGUAAAAGCAACAUGCAUGUGAUGUAACAUAAGCAAUGUUUUAGUCAGUCAUUGAAUAUUGAGUGGAUAAAUUUGUUUGGAAGAUAAUAGGUGUGUAGUGUAAAAAAAGUGGAGUAAGAGUGCUUGAAAAGGACUGUGUGCAGGGGAAUAUGGAUGAUGAUGAAGAGUUUUGGAAAAUAGUUAGUUGUUGAAGAUGAUGACUGCUAAACGAAGAGCAGGGGUGUUAGGGUUCCAGAGUAAAGAAUGAGCGAUUUGCUGCUACAUGCUAAAAAUAAGUAAAACCUAGGGGACUUUUGUUGAGAUCUAAACUUCUUAAGGGUCUGUUUGGGUGGAUGGGUUUGGAGGACCUGGACCUAUCUUGAUAUAUAUUUGGCAUUUUAUUGAUAUCAAAGGUUUACCAUAAUAUGUCAUCAUCUGACAUUUUUAUGUAAUAUUUUCUCUUUUUUUAGGAAUGUGUUACGGAGUAUUUAUCAAGAUAGUGACUAAACCAUCCAUUGCCUUCGCCAGUCCCCUCCAAUCCAAACUGACCCUAGUUGCCUUAAAUUUGUUUCAAUUGUAGCUUGGAUUGUAAUGCAACAAAGCUCUCCGUCUACACUUGGGAUUAGGGGUUACUAGUUACUAUGUCGGGAAACAAAGUUGGACCAAACUAAAGACAAGAAAUGAAGAAAAACAUGCAAAGAACUUACCAAAUACACCCCCUCUUGAUUAGCAGUGUUUGCAUGUUAUCAUUUGUUGAUACAUGCACCAUCUUGAUACGUUCAUACUCAUGAUGCAUCAUAUCAUAUAGACUGGCACCAUAAGUUAGUAAACGUCAUUGGCUUUCAUUUCCAGAACAGUAUUCAAGAAGCAAAUUAAUUGCAUGAAUUGUCAUGUUACAACACCCAGUUUUCUUCUUAAAAAUAACAAUGUUGGGCACUUGGGCUCACUUGCACGUUUCUACUGCAGUUUUCUUCAAAUGCAUCAAAAUGGCGGAACUUUAUAUCUUCAGAUUUUAAGGAAUGGCCCACCAAUUUGAUUCGUAAUCCUCUUCCUUUUUAUCUGCUGAGGCUCUGUUAGUAUAGUAAUCAAAUGUUGUUUGGACAAGAUUCAAUUUUGAAUCUAUGCAAAGAUUCAUUCAAUUUUUUAAAUUAAUUGUGGUCGGGGUUGAUAAUGUCUCACUGUUUUCGUGCACUUUCUUAUUUUUUUUGUUCUUAUAUUUCGUCUUAAUUUGUUACAUUUCACAACCUUAAGAUUUUCUAGCAGUUUCAAAUUAAGUUUGUCUAAAGCAUGAUUUCCUCUAUUAUUACUUGUUUUUGCUAGGAUGGCUGCUCUGGUGAGCUUUAUUGGUUAUUCAUGGACGAAGAACUCUUAUGUGGAAGAAAACCUCUCCUUGGGACAAUGAUUUGAUAUGAACCCAUCACCCUCAUCUACUCUAACAUCAUCAACAAUUCAAGGAAACCCCAAAUCCAACCUCUUAAAAAAAUGCAUUGCGCUCUUGCUCUCAUGCGCCUCAUCCACCCACAAGCUCCGGCAAGUUCAUGCCUUCUCCAUGCGGCGUGGUAUUCUUCUCUCCUGCCCAGAUAUGGGAAGGUACUUGAUCUUCACUCUCGUUUCCCUCUCAGGACCCAUGUCUUACGCCCAAAAAAUCUUCAAUGAAAUCCAAUACCCAAACAUUUUCACGUGGAACACAAUGAUUAGGGGGUAUGCUGAGAGCGAGGAUCCGGGCCCCGCAAUCCAAAUUCAUACCCAGAUGUGUGUGAACUCCAUUGCGCCUGACACACACACAUACCCUUUUCUCCUCAAGGCCAUCGCUAAGCUGAUGGCUGUCAGGGAUGGGGAAAAGAUGCAUUCCAUUGCGAUUAGGAAUGGGUUGGAGUCGUUGGUCUUUGUUCGGAAUGCCUUGGUGCAUUUCUAUGGUGUCUGUGGUCAGGCCGAGAGUGCACACCAACUGUUUGAGACAAUGACCGACAAGAAUCUCGUGGCUUGGAAUGCUGUGAUCAACGGGUAUGCUCUUAAUAGCAGGCCAAACGAGACUUUAGCUCUUUACAGGAAAAUGGAGUCGGAGGAUGUUCAGCCUGAUGGGUUCACUUUGGUGAGCUUGCUCACUGCUUCCGCUGAACUGGGGGCUUUGGCUUUGGGUAGGAGGGCUCACAUGUAUAUGGUUAAAAUGGGAUUAGAUAGGAAUUUGCAUGCCGCUAAUGCCCUUCUAGAUCUUUAUUCCAAAUGUGGAAACAUAAGGGAAGCAAAACAGGUCUUCCAUGAGUUAGAAGUGAAGAAUGUUGUUUCCUGGACUUCCUUGAUUGUUGGGUUAGCUGUCAAUGGAUUUGGUAAGACAGCCCUUGAGCUUUUCAAGAAGAUGGAAACGGAAGGAUUCGCUCCAACCGAAAUCACAUUUGUCGGCGUGCUUUACGCUUGUAGCCAUUGUGGACUGGUAGAUGAGGGAUUCUCCUACUUCGAGAGGAUGCAACAGGAGUUUCGAAUCAAGCCGAAAAUAGAACAUUUCGGUUGCAUGGUUGACCUAUUGGGAAGAGCUGGUUUGGUUAAGAGAGCGUACGAGUACAUUAAAAACAUGCCUUUGGAACCGAAUGCUGUCAUUUGGAGAACUCUCCUAGGCGCCUCCUCAAUACAAGGGAAUUUUGAACUAGGAGAAGUUGCACGAAACCAACUCAAGCGAUUGGACCCCACACAUUCCGGUGACUAUGUUCUCCUCUCAAAUCUGUACGCAUCAGGUAGAAGGUGGUCGGAUGUUCACAUGGUGAGGGAGACGAUGCUUCAAGAAGGGGUCAAGAAAUUGCCGGGCCACAGUCUGGUUGAGUUAGGUAACCGUGUGUACGAAUUCGUUAUGGGAGACAUGACACAUCCCCAAACGCAUUCUAUAUAUGCAAAGCUUGCGGAAAUGACCAAAGCCUUGAGGGUGGAAGGGUACGUCCCACACACAUCGAAUGUGCUUGCUGACAUUGAGGAAGAGGAGAAGGAGACUGCACUCUCUUAUCACAGUGAGAAGAUUGCAGUUGCGUUUGCUUUGAUCAGUACGCCACCCGGGGCCCCCAUAAGAAUCAUGAAGAACUUAAGGGUGUGUGCGGAUUGUCAUCUUGCCUUUAAGAUUGUUUCCAAAAUUUACAGACGAGAGAUUGUUGUUAGAGACCGUAGUCGCUUUCAUCACUUCUCAGACGGGAUUUGUUCUUGUAGAGAUUAUUGGUAAGCUUUGAUUUGAUCUUCUCCAGUUUUUAGAAAGAAUGACGUAGAGUGACAUAAUUUAAGUGUCACUUACUGUUUUAGUGACACAUCACACAUGUGAAAUGUGACAUGAAAUCGGAAAUGGUGACACUAAAUUUACUGUCACUGACAAAAUGUCACUCUAGUAUCACAAAACAGAACGAUACAAUAACAUUGUUAGUCUUUAUGAGUUAUGACACCCGAUUAUCAUAAUUUUUUUAAAAAGUGUGAUACAUUAACAUCAUAGAUUGUUAAAUGAAUAUAAUUUAUAUAUUGAUAUUGUUGUCAUUGAUUUAAUUAAAUGUAUA